GUUUUUUUCAGGUCACUUAUUUAUUAUCCAGGCAUGCUUUUGGCUUCACGAAGCUUCUGUUGCCUUGGCGUUAGAACAUACCAACGACGAACAGAUUCACUUUCCAGAUCCAUCAAACUUUCAGCCUCUGCAUCUUUAGAGUCACGUCUAGCACUUAUCAGGCCAGAAGGAUUGCCUAGUUGUUAGGGCACCAGAGCCUGAGAUACAGAAGACAGUUUCAAUCCCAGCUUUAUCACAGAUUUUUGAAUCUUCUCAGUCUCCCAGCUUAACUUCUUAUAAGAUUGUGCAGCUUCAUUUCAAGUCUUCCAGUUUUAUUGGAAGAAAGCAGAGCUUUGCAACAUGACAAUGGCCUUCAGACACAAAAACACAAGACGAAUUGAAGGCCUUGAUAGCAAUGUGUGGGUUGAAUUUACAAAGGUGGCAGCAGAUCCCUCAAUCGUUAAUCUUGGUCAAGGCCUUCCUGAUAUAUCCCCUCCUAGCUAUGUUAAAGAAGAGCUGGCAAAGGCAGCAGCAGUUGACAGACUGAACCAGUACACACGAGGCUUUGGACACCCUUCACUGGUGAAAGCCUUGUCUCAAGUGUACGAGAGAGCUUGUGGAAGGAAGAUUGAUCCUCUUACAGAUAUCCUGGUGACCGUGGGAGCUUAUGGAUCUCUCUUUAGUACAAUACAGGCAUUAAUUGAAGAGGGAGACGAAGUAAUAAUAAUAGAGCCAUUUUAUGACUGUUACGAACCAAUGGUAAAGAUGGCGGGUGCAAAGCCUGUUUUUAUCCCACUGAGAUAUAAAAAUGAUGGAAACUCUGCAUCUAGUGUUGAUUGGGUCUUAGAUCCUGCUGAACUUGCAAAUAAAUUUAAUUCCAAAACAAAAGCAAUUAUUCUGAAUACCCCGCACAACCCUAUAGGCAAGGUAUUUACCAGAGAAGAGCUCCAAGUAAUAGCUGAUCUCUGUAUUAAACAUGAUACCCUGUGCAUCAGCGAUGAGGUGUAUGAAUGGCUGGUCUAUAAAGGAAAUAAACAUGUUAAAAUAGCUACGUUGCCAGGUAUGUGGGAAAGAACAAUAACUAUAGGAAGUGCUGGAAAAACAUAUAGUGUAACUGGCUGGAAGCUUGGUUGGUCUAUUGGCCCCCAGAACCUGAUUAAGCAUUUGCAAGUUGUUCACCAAAAUACACUGUAUACUUGCCCAACUCCAUUACAGGAGGCUUUGGCACAAGCAUUUUGGAUAGACUAUAAACGCAUGGAUGACCCAGACUGCUAUUUUUACUCACUGUCUCGAGAGCUGGAAAGCAAGCGUGAUCGGAUGGCUCACCUACUUCAAGAAGCUGGACUAAAGCCUGUCAUUCCAGAUGGAGGAUACUUUAUGAUUGUUGAUGUUUCUACAUUAAAUGUGGAUCUUUCUGAUCUGGAUGAGAAACAACCUUAUGAUUAUAAAUUUGUCAAAUGGAUGAUAAGGUCUAAGAAGCUGUCAGCAAUUCCUCUUUCAGCAUUCUGUGGUCCUGAGACAAAAAAGCAGUUUGAAAAAUAUAUACGUUUUUGCUUCAUUAAGAAAGACAGCACACUAGAUGCAGCUGAAGCAAUCCUGAAGAACUGGAAUAAACAGACAGCCUGAUUUUUCUUAUUAACGCUUCCAUCUGGUAUUAUUAGCCAAUAGUCGCAGGUUUUAUUGCAAAUUUAAGAACAAAUUACUUAAUACAGUACAGAAUUAAUAUGACAUAAUUGUGCUGCCACCUGCUGAGGGGUUAAAACAAUGAUUUACUGACAUGUGUAAUGCAACUCAGGUUAUUUUCAGUCUUCAAAAUAAUUUACUUUUUUUCCUAGAAAAAUAAAUAAAUAUGGGAUUCACUUCUUUUACUGAAAGACAAACAUUUGUAGGACUGUGUAAAAUAAAUAAAUGAUAUGGGUAUUUUAAAAGUUAUAAGAAAAAAGUGGGAGGUGUUUUUGGUAUGAGACAGUAUAGGAACUAAGGGUGAGACUUAAACAUUGUGGCUUGUGAAACACAAUAGCCUGCAGUGGAGGAAAAUUAAGAUAUGCCUCAUAUUAGAUAAUUGCAGUGACUUUCUACAUACAUACCUACCUACCCUGUCUAUGCACAAAUUGCAUCAGUUUAUUUAAAGUGGUGGAGUUAAAUCAAUGCAGCGUUUAUACUGUAGGCAAGACUGAAAAGUGCUAAGUUGCAUAAUUACUAUUUUAUUUUCCCACAAUAGUCAAGUGUGCUGCUCUGAAAGUAUUCAGUCCUCAAUAAAAUUAUAAAAGUGG